AUGACUGUACCCAAGUACGAGGAUCGAGGUCCGGUUGACUGCUCAGCACCACCAGAUCUCGCACAACUAAAGGAUAAGAGUGUGAUUGUCACGGGAGGCUGUAGUGGGAUCGGCAGGAGUUAUGUUGAUGCACUUCUGGGUGCAGGUGCCUUCGUCACUGUAGGUGACUUGAACGAAGCAGAAGGGUCACAGCUCGUCUCGCAGUUUCCGGGGCAAGCCGCAUUCGUCAAAUGCGAUGUGACUUCAUGGGAUGAUCAGGUACAACUCUUUGAAACAGCCAUGAGCAAAUCCCCGGCAAAGAGCUGUGAUAUCGUCAUGGCCAACGCCGGGGUCAGUGGACUUGACGAUGUCUUUGACCUCGAUGAUCCAUCCGGACCCCCUGUCAAGCCAAAUCUGCGGAUCGUCAAUAUCAACCUCAUCGGAGUCCUUUACACGGUCAAGCUGGCAAUGCACUAUUUCCGCAAGUCGCCGGUCGAUGAACAUCGUGACCGUUGCUUGAUCCUCCAGGGCAGUACUGCGGCAUACGUCGAUCAACCGGGGACGCCGCAAUACUCUGCAUCGAAAUUUGGAGUCCGAGGCUUGAUGAGAAGUUUGCGUCGAACGAGCUGGAUGCAGGACGUGCGGGUCAACUUUCUAUGUCCAUGGUUCACCAAAACUCCCAUCAUGAGCGAGGAAGUUAUACAGCGUUUGGAGAAACUCAAUCUGGACUUUGCGACUCUCGAAGACGCGGGCAGAGCAGCCCUCAGAAUUGCAAGUGACAAGACGAUGAACGGCCGCGCCAUAGUCAUACUCCCGCGGAAGUUUGCGCCUGAGGGGUUCAUCGAUGUUGCGCGAGAUGACCUGAAAGCGCCUGACCCCAGGGCAAUCUGGCAGUCAGAGACGUUGAGAGUUAGUCAUCGCGUGGCGGAAGCCGAAGGACACAAGAAAGCAGCCGGUUGA